AUGCCUUCCAUCAACAGUCUCCUCACAAUGGCCCUGGCAGGCUCAGCCAGCGCUGCGUUCCAGGGUUUCAACUAUGGCUCGACAUUCACAGAUGGAAGAGUGAAGGCUCAGUCCGACUUUGAGAACGAGUUCAAGACCGCCGCUGGUCUCGAGGGCACCAGUGGCGCCUUCACCAGUGCUCGCCUUUACACCAUGAUCCAGGGUGGCUCAAUCAGCCAACCCAUCUCUGCUAUUCCUGCUGCCAUCAAUACCAAGACAAGCCUGCUCUUUGGUCUCUGGGCUUCUGGUGACGGUUUCGCCAACGAGAUCGCCGCUCUUAAGAGCACUGUCGACCAGUACUGUGGACAACUCGACGGCCUUGUGGCUGGUAUUUCUGUUGGAAGUGAGGAUCUCUACCGUAUUUCUCCUACCGGUAUCAAAGCCAAUGAGAACCCGGGUACCAACCCUGAUGUCCUCGUCGACUACAUCAAGCAGACUCGUGCUGCUAUCAAGGGCACUUGCCUUGAGUCUGUCGCCAUCGGUCAUGUCGAUACAUGGACCGCAUAUGCCAAUGCUUCCAACAAUGCUGUCAUUGAGGCCUGUGACUGGCUUGGCAUGGAUGCUUAUCCUUAUUUUGAAGAUACCAAGAACAACCCCAUCUCCGAGGGUGCAAACCUCUUCAAGACUGCCUGGAACGAGGUCAAGGCUGUUGCCAAGGGCAAGGAGAUCUGGGUCACUGAGACCGGAUGGCCCGUCAGCGGCAAGACAUAUGGCAAGGCCGUUCCCUCCACCAAGAAUGCUCGCACGUUCUACGAGGAUGUCGGCUGUCCUAUGUUUGGAGAUAUCAAUGUCUGGUGGUACACACUCCAGGACUCUGCUCCCCAGACUCCCAACCCCAGUUUUGGCGUCAUUGGCUCCGAGUUGACCGAGAAGCCCCUUUACGACCUGAGCUGUGAUGAGAAGAGCAAGAAGGGAUCUCUGGUGAGCCGCAGCAACAAUGGCAACGUUGAGCACCGCUUCGUCAGCCCUUCUUUCGCAACUGGUAACUAUACCAAUGGAACUGCGCCUGUCGUGCCUGGCACUCCCACUUCUCUUGUACCUACUCCUUCUUCCACCUCCGGCAAUGGUGGUUCUGCCGCAACCCCCUUGCCUGGCAGCGGUGCUCAGCAGCUCAACUCAAUGAGUGCUGCUGCUGUCGCAUUCAUUCUUGCCGCUGCUCUGUUGUAA